CCACAGAGAAACUUCAGCAGUCCCCUCUCACUGCGACCGCGCUAUCGGGAAGUGUCUUUUUGGGGCUUCUCCUUGAAUUCCAUGGCGAUUCUGUAAUCUUCCAGCUCAAGAAUUCCGGAAGCGGAUACAUGAGUUUAUGUGUUGAGUGGAAUCAGAAAUAUACGGCUUGUAAUUUCAUGGCGGCGACGCUUCUAUCGAAUACCUUGACCUCGUCUUUCCAUGGCCGCCGACUCACAAUUCGAAGCAAAUCGAAGGAAACUGCGCCGUCUGGCUUCAGUUUCAGGAGCCCUAGGUGCACGGUGGAUACGCCGUAUGAAGGUAACAUCUCAAAGUUCCCUAGAAUGAAUGUUUGGAAUCCUUACAAGCGCCUGGGUAUAAGUCCGUACGCUUCCGAGGAAGAAGUUUGGAGUGCUCGGAACUUCUUGUUGAGCCAAUAUGCUGCUCAUGAGAGAAGUGCAGAAUCGAUAGAAGCAGCUUUCGAGAGGCUGCUAAUGAACAGCUACAAGAAUAGGAAGAAAACAAAGAUUAACCUAAAAACCAGGCUAAAGAAGCAGGUUGACGAAUCGCCGCCGUGGGUAAAAAACUUGCUCAGUUUUGUGGAGAUUCCACCGCCAGUGAUCAUUUUAAGACGGCUAUUCCUGUUUGGUUUCAUGGCAUGCUGGAGUGUGAUGAACUCUGCUGAAGCUGGACCUGCUUUUCAAGUGGCGUUAUCUCUCGCAGCUUGCAUAUACUUUCUAAACGACAAAAACAAAAGCUUGUCUAGAGCUGCCAUCAUCGGAUUUGCAGCUCUUGUGGUCGGGUGGAUUUGUGGCUCGUGUUUGGUCCCAUUGAUUCCGUCGGUUUUGUUGCAGCCGACGUGGAGCCUCGAACUUCUUACAUCCCUGGUAGCUUAUAUAUUCCUCUUCUUAGCCUGUACUUUUCUCAAGUGAGGUAACUAACUAGAUUUGAUCCAAUUACCUUCUUGCGAUUAAGAAAUUGCUAAAGAUGGUUCGGUUUUGAGUUGUGAUUCUUGAUUUUAUGUCUUCUUUUUUUUGGAAUGAUUGUUAUGUCAUUACAAAUUCAAUUUCAUUGAGCUGAUGUUUCUUUGGAAAUAUUUUGAUGUUGA